AUGCAUAACGAACAAGCUGACGCGUUUUCCUCGAGCGAUCAAGACGGGCGCAAACAGGCGCAACAGUCGUCGUUGGCCAAGCUUGCAAUGAGCAAGAAAAUCACGGCCACGCCUAAUGUGAUUCCUCCCACUCCCCCUGUAUCAGCGCCUGCCGUUGCGCCGCCACCACCAACCUCUGUCGCCCCUUCCGAGACGAAUGGCGACGCCUUGAAACCUCCGUCGCCGAGUUCGACUUCUCCUCGCCCCGCGCAGAAGCCCGACAACUCGCACUUGCCACCUCCGGCCAUCGCCCAUGCGCUCAAAUCGAUAAACGCCUUUGACCAUGCCGCACUGCGCGACAAGCCAGUGCCCCAAUAUGACAGCCCUUAUACCAGAAGUAUCUCUUCAACAGCACCGGGCUCCCCGAGGAUUCCUCCCGUCAGACAAAACUCUGGCAGCCACACACCCAGAGUUCGGCCCCAUGCUACGACUCUUAACAUUCCCGGACUGACCAAGUCCAAGGUCUCUCCGGACGGAAGGAUCCCAGACCGAGAUGUCGCGUCCAAGCUGCUGAUUGUCAUGGUGGGUCUUCCAGCUCGUGGAAAGUCCUACAUCACAAAGAAGAUCCAGCGCUACUUGAACUGGCAGCAGCAUAACACCAGAAUAUUCAACGUGGGCAGCAGGCGAAGAGUUGCCGCUGGAUUCUCUCCUCAUGCUGAGCGACCCGUGUCACCCAAAUCUGCGUCCGGCGAAAGGCUGCGCGCCGCUUCCAUCUUGCUCAAUGGUAUCGAACAAAAUAGUGACACCACCGGGGAAACCAACGGGCAUACAAGUGAAUCCUCUCAGGAUCGAGAGCCGCCAUCAUUUGAUCUGAACACCUGGAAAGGUCGCCCGAAGUCGAUCGCCGGCGUUGACGGCCCUGAGGCCUACAUGGACCAAUCCGCCAACUUCUUCGAUCCAAAAAACACAACCGCUCGGGCACUGCGAGAGCAGGUUGCCAUGGACACGUUAGACGAGGCCCUGGACUACUUGCUGUCUCAGAACGGCUCGGUGGGUAUACUUGAUGCAACAAAUAGCACGAUCCAUCGCCGCGAGCUCAUUGUGAAGCGAGUCAAAGAAAGAGAGCCCAAACUUGGCAUCCUCUUCAUUGAAAGUAUCUGCCAUGACCAAACUCUGCUCGAGGCCAACAUGAGACUCAAACUGUCCGGCCCAGACUAUCACGACAAAGAUCCGGUCAAGUCACUUGAGGACUUCAAGGAGCGCGUCAGACAAUACGAAAGUGCUUACACUCCCUUGGGAGAGUGGGAAGAGAAGAACGAUCUGCAAUAUAUACAGAUGAUUGAUGUUGGAAGGAAAGUCAUUCAUCACAGAUUGCGAGGCUUCCUCAGCGGUGGUAUUGCCAACUACCUCUUGACGUUUAACCUUGCGCCGCGUCAAAUAUGGAUUACUCGUCAUGGGCAUAGUGAGGAUAACCAGCUCAAAAAGCUCGGUGGUGAUUCUUCACUCACGGAACGCGGUCAUUUCUAUGCCAUGGCACUGCACAGCUUCAUCACCCAAAAGCGCCAGGAGUGGCUUGUGCAGCAGAAGGACAAGAUUGCUCAGGCCUCAUUCCCCCCGCAACCUGGUGAUCAUACCCCACCCUAUCCAGAACUUUUCCAAGAGCUCGACGACAAAAACUGCUGCGUUUGGACGUCGAUGCUGAAGAGAAGCGUUCAAACUGCCGAGUAUUUUGAGGAGGACGAGGACUACGAUGUCAAGAAUUGGGAGCUUCUGAACGAGAUGAACACGGGCACGUUCGAAGGCAUGACGUACGAAGAGAUAGCAGCCAAAUACCCCGAAGAAUAUGAGAAGCGCCAGCGAGACAAACUUCACUACGUUUAUCCAGGCGUGGGCGGCGAGGGGUAUCUACGGAUCAUAGGCCGGCUGCGCGACAUGGUCCGGGAAAUUGAACGCAUCACAGAUCAUGUUUUGAUCAUUAGCCACCGCUCCGUCUGCCGGGUCCUAAUGGCAUACUUUAUGGACCUGACACGCGAUGACAUUGCGGACUUGGACAUGCCGCUGGGCAUGCUCUACGCGAUCGAGCCUAAGCCUUACGGGAUUGAGUUUCACGCGUACAAGUACGAUGAGGCCAAUGGGACGUUUAAUGAAAUUCAUGACUACAAGCCGCAGAGGACAACGGACCGCAACAAUUAA